UUUCCCUUCAACUUCCCCCACCAAACAUGUAAAAUGUAUUCACACUGCCUUCAUUACAAAAGGGAGCUACAUCGCUACUGUGACACCGUUACCAGUAGCAGCUAUAGGUGAUUUACAAGUGUUGUAGGUCGCUGUUCCAGUGGAGAAUGACUCAACAACUGGAAGACGUUUUGUCUGAACUGCGUACUAAAGAGAGUGAGCUUGUUCUGAGUGCAAGGUAUGGCAAAGCUCUCUUGGAGGAGAAGGAGCAGCUAAGAAAUGAUCUGCAGACUGCUAGGGAAGAAAUGAAGCAACUGGAAGAAAGCUUGCAGUUGCAGAGACACGACUCGCAAAGGGCACUGACUCAAGCAAAGACUCACGCAGACGAACAAGUCACAGACCUUGAGUACAGACUACGUUCAACUAAUAACAGCCUGGAGACAGAACAAAACAAACAAAGAACUACAAAAAAUGAAUACCAGAAAACUCUUGAUACUCUGCAGUUGGAGAACAUCAAACUAAAAGAAAAAAUAAGCACAUUGUUAGGAGACAAGAACAAAGAUGAUGAGAGGGUUAGAAAAGUUAGUGAUGCUCUGAAGCAGUCUGAAGCUCAUGAACUCAGUGCAUCUCUCCAGCAAGAAGAGCUGCAACAACAGUUGGAGACACUGGAGUCUGCUAACAGGAGCUACUCCUCUGACGUGUCCACCCUGGCCCACAGUUGUGACCAGCUCACAGAGGAGUUACAAACUACCAGAGCCCAGUAUGAGAGCCUGGAAAGCCGCUACAUGCAACUAAACGAAGAGUUUGUGUGUCAGUGCAAAGAGCUGGAGGACUCACAGGAAAUAGUGAAGCAGCUGGAGGCCGAUCGACAGAGAACGACCUCAAUGUCACCAACAUCCACCAUGUCCCUGCAUGACGAGUUAUCUCACUCCAUGAACAGUCUGGACAUGAUACCUGAGGCUACUUCACCACGGCAAUCAAAACAAACUUCACCACAACCUACGGAGGACAUGUCUGCUGAUGUAGUGGUGAACUUUGAACCAGAACUGGACUUCUACUGUUCACCGACUAGCACAUUGCGUCGUGCGUCAAUGCGAUCGUUGCAAUCGGGUCUGAGCACUCUUCGCAGAGUGGAUCACCAGGAACUCAUGGCCGCUUGGUCCACCAGUUCAGACGAUGACAGGGACUCCCCCUGUUCAAGGUGUAAGAACAUGCAGGAGAUGGUGACCAACUAUCAACAGGAAUUGAGCCUCGUCAACAAGCAGCUGUUGUCAGCGGUCGAGCAGAAAAUUAAACUGCAGGAACAAAAUGAAGCUUGGCAGAGUGACAUGGCUGAAAUAGUACAUCAGAACCUCUAUCAGAGACUGGAGCAAGACUCCCCAGCUAGGAAGGAAAAACUGAGCAAAUCUCCAAAGAGAAAGAUGUUCACUUCGAAUAAAGAUGACGCUGAAAAAAUAUUCAAACAUGAAUUCAUAAAACAUUCAUGGCUCUUUUGAAACUUUGCUUGCUCAUUUUGUUUGUGUUUAUUUAUAAUUAUGUUCUUCACGGCAUGAAGUGUGGUUACAAGGAUUGGUGCAUACAUGUCACUUUCAUCAACGUUUUUUUCAGACAGCAUAAUUUUUUUUCAA